UAAGCAUAUUGCUCUACCUUGAUGAAUCCUGGUGAUAUUUUUUUGGCCUUGUGUAAUUAUACCCUAGUUUUGUUGCUAUUUUUUUUUGAAACUAAUACAAUUUCACCUUACCCAUAUAGCUCACAAGGCAAGGUAGAUUUUAUAAUUCGUUCUUCAAUAUAUAAGCGUAACGUAUAAUUGUGUUUUUCGCAUCCAAGCCUGAUUUUUAUUUCUCACUUGCUGUUAAAAAAGGGAAACAUGAAACAUUCUCGUCCCCAGAGCUCUUUAAAAAAACAUCAAAAGUAUGGUACCGACUUUGUAUUUCUGUAUUACAUUUCAACUUGAUAACUUUUCUAGUUUUUAAACUCCUAAAUUUUUAGAUACUGGCAAUUGCUAGAAAUAGCCCGCUUAAAUUUCAAAUAAAUCUGUAUAAUUCAUAUACUACAAAACAUCGCCGAACGAUAUCUCCUUUCUUAGCCAACACUUCUUCUAAGGUUGCUGUAGUGCCCGCAAGACCUUACUGUAAAGUCAAAACUUCUUCUGUGCCUAAGAUGUCAGAACAUUAAAAGUACUCCAAACCAAUUCCCAAUUUUAUGGAAUUUACCUAGAAAAAUCGAAUUUUACUUCCAUUUUGCCAUUAAAAAAAUAUGAGGAACCGAAAGCACAAAAUCUAAUCGUCUUGGGUAAAAUAAAAUUCACACAAAUCUUGAGUAUUCUUCUUUCUCUUUUUAGGAUAUAGUAACGAAUUUUUUCCCCAUAAUACAGCAAAAGAAUUCGGCAAAAUUUAAAAAGGAGGAAAUGAUUCUUCUAUAUAUAAAGAUAUUAUAAAUUUGAAAAGAAAGAUGUCAAAAGAAGUAAUAAUAAAAAAAUGGAAAAAGAAAGGAUAAAAAUCGGAAUAAAGAAUUCGAUUUCUAAGAAGGAUUUCAUGUGCGGAUAUAUCAAAUCUGUCUCCUUUUUUUACAUUUUAUAUCAAUUUAAAAGCGGCUUUUUAUCAACUUAUGUUCAAAUUAGAAUUGUGUGGAUUAACCGGAUGAAAAAGCGAAAACAAUAAAAAAAAAUUUAACAUUCCUCUCAAAUAUUUGUACAUGGUUUAUAUACGGUCACAUUUAUCGGACUAACUUCUUCAGUUGAAACAAGCAGAAGUUGAAAACGACAGAUUAUUCUCAAAGGAGCCUACAUUGACGUGUUAUAAUGGAAAGUCCUUGCUCGAGUGAAACAUCUGUACAUUUAUACAACUGGCGCGAAAAAAGACAACGUUUGUUUAUUUACUGGUGUUUCACUAACUUUAUACAUGGCAUGAUACAUUCAAUACGUUAUUCAUCUCAAUAUUUAUAUUUCAAAGAUGUGAUGCGAGUUUCAAACCCAGACUUCUUAUACGGACUUUCUGUUUCGUUUAUUGGUGCGAGUGGAGUUAUUUUCCCGCUCUUUAUAAGUCCGCUAAUUGACCGAACAAGAAAAAUCAAGCAAGCUAUAUUCGUGGUGAAUAUCUUAGGCUUUUUCGGCAAUUUAUUAUAUGCGCUACCAUUUUCACCAGCGUUACCGCUGAUUGGACAGCUUCUUGCUGGUACGACUCCUGCAUUUGGUGUUAUCGCCAUGGGAGAAAUAUCUAGAUGUUACUCGCCUAAACAGCUGACGAAGAGAGUUUCUGCGUUAUCUCUUAUAUACAGCAUCGGAACUUUUACCAGCAUAGGACUCGUUUUCACAUUCUUGUAUAUUGAUUUCGAUAUUGGAAAGUGGCAUAUUAAUUAUGCGAAUAUGCCAGGAAUAUUUCUUGCACUUGCUUUUGCCCUAUCCACACUUCUCGCGCCAUGUUUAGUUAGUGACAUUUCAAAAGAAUAUGAUUUGAAACUUGAAGAACGAAUUAAGCGCUCCUCCGGGGGCUCAACACCUAAAAAACUAUCCUCCACGGAACCAACACCUGAUUUGUCAACAAGAAGUUCUUCGGCGGAAUCGGAAGACCUCGAUCAGUCAGAUCUUCAGCAGGUACGUUCAAGUAAUAAAACACGUAUACCUAAGAUAAGCGAGCCAACAGCAAAAGAAGAACAGAUGGAAAAAAAUAAAUUACAGAUUACAAGAGAUGUGGGGCAACCAUUUUAUUUCAACAUUGACAAGAAGGAAAAAAGUGAAGAAGACCCUGAUAUGUCGCGAGGCUUUUCAUUCCCAUCUUUAAAAGCAAACAAGUACACGAAGCUAAACACAAAUGAUCAGGAUGUAAGCCAAGAGAAGAAGAAGAAAUUCAACGCUGCCCACGAGACGUGUGCUUCCAUUUUGAAAAUAUUACGGCACCAAACAACUGCCCUGCUAAUGGUCGUCACUUUUAUGGAAGCAUUCGUUUAUAGCAUCAUUGUGACCUCAUUACCUGUAUUAGCAGCAAAAUUUCUUUAUUGGGGAAAAGUUGAGCUGGCGCUGUUGAGUAUGGUGAAUAAAUUCUUAUCGGUUCUUAUAUCAGGUUCCGUAUAUUUCCUAACCGACUACCUACAAGAUGUUUUGCUGCUAAUGUACGGAACCAUGUUAUCGUUGCUAGCUUUAAUAGCAUUGGCUGUCCUGCCUCUCGUUGAAAAGAAUAACUCAGCUUUAACUGUGCUAUUGUUCGCCAUUGCAGCACUAUCUAUAGCUGGCGUUCCUUUGAUUAUCACAUCUACACGAACCAUGUUAGCCAAAGUUGUACCAACUGAGAUUCAAGCCUUAACAGAAGCAGUUCGUAUGUCGGUAUUCGAAGCCUCGUUCGUACCUGCUGGGUUUUUAGUUCCACUUGUUACAAUGAACGUCUCACUGACUGCUAUUAUACUAUUUACGCUUUUACUUGGCAUACUUGUCUACGCAGUGCGACAGUUAAAAAACUUAGUUGAUAUCAGAGAAGAAGACGAAUACUGGCUCGGUGCGAACAAUUCGACUUAUACUUCAUAGAAGUAAAUAGUCAGAACACUGUACGAGCGAUUAUUUAUAUAAUUGUGAAAAACAAUAUUUAUUUUAUUUCUCAAGAUCAACUUAGUUCCCAGCGUUUUUUUAUUUUAGUGACAGCACUAAAAGGCACUGGGGAUAAGGUUGAUCUCGAGACGUCGCUAGAUAUUCUUGAAAGAAUUUUUACUCCGGCGAAUCAUAAUUUUUCACCUGAUAAAUUCGGGCUUAUAGAUAUAUUUAUUCCCAUGUAUUUAGCCAUAAAACAAAUUUAGCCAAAGCGUGCAGGAAUGCAAAAUUAAUCUUGUAGUGAAACUUCAACACAAACACAAAAAGCAUCACAAAAGCAUGUAACAGAAACACGAACUUAAAGUUUUUGUUUAAUUCAACAAAUUGUCGUAUAUAUAUUUAAAAAUAAUUAUUUAUUUAACAGAAUUUAUUUACAAAUGUAAAAAAAAUAGAAGUGAAAUAUUUUUAAAAAUAGAAGAGAUUUAAUAUAACAAUUUGUGGUUGUGUUA